UCUCGCGUCUGAGGGGGCGCCGCGCCCGGCCUCUGAGAGGCCCCGCGGGAAGGAAGGCGUCCAGGAGGGAGGCGCGGGGUCAAAGGUUCCUUCCUCAAGAGCCGCGGCGAAUUGGGCCCUCGGGGCGGCGUCCGUAGCCGGCCAGGCCUUUUCUGGUCGCGGUGACUCGGGCUGUAGCGUCCCCCGCCCCCGGUAGCCUGGCGGUUGUGUCCCUUGUGGGGCGGGCACGCGGUGCUCUUGGGAAUGUCGGUUAUUGAAGUUGGGUAAGUUCUCCGGUGGAGAGGGGGGCCCUGGCGGGUCAUUAAGGGGCACCUGUGUGUGACAUAAAUAAAUGCAGGAGUGCAGGGAUUCGCCUGAGUAGGAAGCCGAGCGCCGCGGAGUCCUGUCAACGCCCGGAGCUUCGAGCGUAGGAGUCCCUGAGGGAAGGACGAGGCGGGCCGGCUGCCCUUAGCUGGAACCGAGUCGACCCAGAGUAGGAGGAGUUUGGACAGAGAGCUGACUAAUGAAUGAUGCUUCAUGACAGCUGAGUAAUGCCUGUUGCUUAAAGGCUGAUGGUAUGUGGUAAGAUUCCACCGCUACUUAAGAGGAAUUGAGAUUGACCUAUCCACUAAGUUCAGACACUGUCUUGAAGGACUUUGGAAAAAAGAAAAGUUCAGGCAGAUUCUGCUGUCAUACCCACGGGAUGCCAGCCAUUGAUCUUUUCUCUUGUGGUCAUCUUUCUCAAGAUUUUUUCUGUCUUCAUGAGGAAAAGUCAGAAGGGGAAAGGAUAGUGACCAAGUGUCUUAUAAAUUAUUGUCAGGACCCAGUGACCUUUGACGAUGUGGCUGUGGAAUUCACCCAGGAAGAGUGGACUUUGCUGGAUCAAACUCAGAGAAGGCCAUACAGAGAUGUGGUGCUGGAGAACUACAAGAAUCUAGCUUCAACAGAUUGGGAGAUUUGUCUUAUCCAAUGGUCAGCACCUCAGCAGAAUAUUUUGCAGGGGAAAACACCCAGUGUGGUAGAAAUGGUCUGCUUGCUCAGAACCUUGUCUGGUAAGGCGGGAAACAUACAAGAGGAAGAAUGGCUGCCAGAUUGCUGACAACCUGGUCACAGGAUUCGGUGACCUUUGAGGAAGUGGUGGUGGACUUCUCU